AUUAGCGUCGCGGAGUCGCUAACAUCACAUUUAUUCGCCAAACAACAUUUAUUGAAUUUUUCGUAACAGAAAUGCUUCAAUUAUGUUUCGUUAUACUAAUCAUUAAUACUGUGAAUUCAAUUGGAAAAACUCAACAUGAAUUCGAGCGCCACAUUAUUGCCUGCCACACAACCGACUUUGAAUGUUUCAAGCGACAGUACAAGUCACUGAAAGACAACGCACUGCUUAGACCAGGGCUUCUACCCUGGUCUAUGCUGAGCAAUAUGAACCUCGGUAUUGAGACUUACAAGCCUUACGUGUACCAAUAUGCGGACACCGGAACUUGCAUCCAGAUAUCCGGUCUAGAGCAAAGUGAAUUAGUUGCUAUCAGUAUGAACAGCCAGUAUAAGGAAUACUCUAUUAUUCUAGAAAUACCGUUUAAAAUACAACAAAUACUGAAUGGAACCGAACACUGCAAUGAACCUGAUCGUGCAUUUCAAAAAAUCGGACUUCAUAAAGGGCCAUUACGAAGAUUCACUGGCAAUGCCACAGCACAAGUCACGUAUCCAUACCGAUUAGAUCAAAGUGAAGGCGAAACGUACUUAAGACUUGAAGAAGAGAAUCUGGAUAUGAUCCUCGAUCUCCCCGACCUCAGUCACUUCGAUAAAACAGACCCUACACAAGCGAGACUAUCAGAGUGGUCAGCAUGGGCCUACCGAGUAGUCCAGCACGCGGACAUCGCGAAGCAUGUCCUGAUGUCACACACGACACUACUGCGCGACCUUAUUGGUCGAUUCCCACUAAAGAAAUUCCUGCUUCUUUAUCCCGAAGAAGAAUAUUCAAAUAUACAAUUUAGUUUCAGUGAAAACACAGUGUUGUAGACUAAGCUUUACGCAUCAGAAUACAAAUACAAUGAAAGAGAAAAAAAACGCUAAAUUAAAGUAUUGCAUUACAUUCAGUUUCUUAAUCACUCACUCUCUUGCCUCAAAUACACAUGAUUCUGAGAUCAAAUUUAACAUAAUACAUAUUAUGAUCAGAGAAUAGGUACAAUAUUUGAUACGUUUUGAUCGUCAUCUUGCCUGAGGUUAAGACAAAAGCAUAGAUUGCAAGCCAUUUCAAUACUACCUGGGAUUAGUGUUUUUAGUGUUUUGUUCUGUUUUUACUGACACAUUAUUAGUGUCACAUUUAAUAUUUCGCAAUCUAAAAGAAAACACAUCUCACAAUGAUUAACCCAAUUAAAUUUUUGGCUAAAUUUACGGCGUGAAAACAGUAAAAUUCACCCGUUAAUUUAUUCGAAUUCACAGAACGGCUAUCAUCCAAGCUUCAACAAAUAGGCUAUUAGGCGGAAAAUAAUUAAAAAAUACCGCCUCUCGCCGGUAUGAAACGAUAAUUUAUCCAUCUACAGGGAUUUUGUUUGUAAAAACAACGAUACGAAAAGAUUAAUUUGCGAAAAUUACACGGCUCCGCGUUAUUGUAGACUGAAAAUGGCGCUUGAAAAAUAAAUGCUAUUAUCUUUCUUUAUAGGUGUGUAUUGAAUUUAUGUGAGUUAUUGACUAUGCGUUUUUUUUUUUUUGCGAUUAUCCUUUUUUGUCUAUAAACAAUGAUCAAUAUUUUGUUUGCAGUGUUUGUUACACGCUUGUAAGGUAUUCUUGUAAAGUGAUCUUGUUGCCGCAUUGAAUUUUUGAAAUUCUGUAUACAUCUUUUUUUUAGUGCUCAAGAAGAUGGAUGAACUCACGACC